AUGCAGCAGCGGCUGCGUCGCUCCGUGCAGGCACGCGCCGCCGAGCCGCCUUCCGAGCCGCAGCCGACCGGAACUCCCACAGCCACGGCGGAUGAGCAGCAGCAGGGCGCGCCAGCCGCCCAGGUCGGGGCGCCGGCGCCGGUGCAAGCAGGUCCGCGUGGAGCGCGCAAGGCGGGCAAGCAGCAGCAGCAACAGCAGCAGCGGAGGGAGCAGCGGAGGGAGCCGCGGCCGAUACCCAUCAAGGGCAUGGUGACGAAGCAGCAGCAGCAGCAGCAGCUCGCACCUGGCGAAGUGCGGUGGGAUGAUAACAAG